CGUAAGAGAGGAGAAAGGGUGGUAUGGAAGGGAGCAGGCUGUACUUGGAUUUCAUUCUCGUGGCCUUGGGCCUCCUUUCCUCUCUUCUUUACCACUUCUGGCUCUGGCAUGCGGUCAGGACUCGGCCGAGGCGGACCAACAUCGGAGUCAACGCCGGUGGCCCAAGAGUUUGGGUUAUCGCGAUGACGAAGGACAAUGACAAAAAGAAUGUUUUAGCUGUGCAAACACUUCGAAACCACAACAUGGCCUCGACGCUAAUGGCUACUACUUCCAUAUUCCUCUGUUGCAGUCUGCUGGCCUUCACCAGUAACAUCUACAAGUCGCAAAAGCGGCGCCACAGUGAUCUCGAGGUGGCCUCCAAGUGUGCUAUCGUGAUCCUGGCCUUGCUCUCUUCCUUGUUGUGCCAGUGUCUUUCCAUCAUGUUCAUAAGCCAAGUUAACUUGCUCAUAAACACCUUGGCCGUCGAGGCAUGCUCGGUGAGCCCAGAGUAUGUGGCCGAGCUUCUAGAGAAAGGGCUCUUUCUGAGCACCCUGGGGAAUAGGCUCUUCUUCUCCGCCCUUCCCUUAGUUCUUUGGGUAUUUGGGCCAGAGCUAGUUUUCUUAAGCUCGGUAGCCCUGAUUCCAGUGUUGUACAACUUUGAUUUUGUUUCUGGGGAUGAGAAGGGUGAGGUUGGAGUGAAGGUGUCUGACAAUGACAAGAAGAACGUUUUAGCUGUGCAAACGCUUCGAAACUUUAUCAUGAGCUCGACGUUGAUAGCUACUAUCUCCAUCUUCAUCAGUUGUGGCCUGCUGGCCUUCACCAGCAACAUGUACAAGUCGCAAAAGCGGCGCCACAGCGAUCUCGAGGUGGCCUCGAAGUGUGCUACUGUGAUCAUGGCCUUGCUCUCUUCCUUUUUGUGCCACAGUCUUUCCAUCAUGUUCAUAACCCAAGUUAACUUGCUCAUCAACACCUUGGCCGUCGAGGCAUGCCCGGUGACCCCAGAGUAUGUGGCCAAGCUCCUAAAGAAAGGGCUCUUUCUGAGCACCCUAGGGAAUAGGCUCUUCUUCUCCAGCCUUCCCUUGGUUCUUUGGGUAUUUGGGCCGGAGCUAGUUUUCUUAAGCUCGGUAGCCCUGAUUCCAGUGCUGUAUAGCCUUGAUUUUGUUUCUGGGGAUGAGAAGGGUGAGGUUGGAGUGAAGGUGUCCGGAGCAAGUCAUCGUGAGUUCAAUGCAGCAGAGGCAUAA